CCCCGUUUAUGUUUGUUUAAUCAAUUUCAAUCGAUCAAACAACUAAUUUUACCCCUUCUCAUCUUUUCUGUAUAUAAAACGAAUUUAUGGCAGAGUAUCCAACCAGGGAGUGUGGGCCUUGCAAGUAUCUGGGAAAGUUCGACGCUGUCGCGAAACAGCAGGGGGGCGACUAUUUGCACGAGAACACUAUUCCGAAACCAGAAAUUCUCAACGAUAAGCACGUCACGUUGCAAGAUCACGCUCUGGGAGUUCCCUCAACUUACGAACAUCCGGAUCUUCGACAUCCCCCGGUACCAAUUGCCCAUGACGAUUGCUCGUGUAGCCCGCCCAAAGUUGCAAAUGCAUCGGAACCUCCGUGUCCAGAAACACAAUAUAGUUUAAAAGAGAAUAUUCGUGGUCUUAAUGAAAAAGCGGGGAAAAUUUGUCCAGAAAAUGUAACAGAUUCAAGACCAGUGAAUUUAAAAGUUGAUAUUAGUGCUUUAGCCGAUCAAGCUCAAGCGGCUGCGGAACAACAACCACAACAAAUGAGUCCUCAUCAACAACAACCAAAUUCUCCAAAUUCUUCUGAUAAACCUUUAAAAGGAAUCUUAAAAAAUUAUAGAGACUCUAAAGUUCCGUGUCCUUGUGAAGAAAAAAUGGGCCCACCAGACGAUUGUACACCAUUAAAUCAAGAUCCUCACUCAAAACCACCAGUUCCAAACGAAUUACGACCAGUUGAUGUGAGUCAACUGGGAAAACCACCUUGUUAUCUCCCCCAGCCGGAAGAUCAAAUUGCCAUAAAACCUGAAUGGGGAAAUUUAGGCCCUUGGGCAACUGGAAGACUUGAUUGGGGGCCAUUAGCUGAUCUUACCGGAACUCGACCUAUUGUUGAUAAAUAUUCAAUAACAAGACUUAGUGUGGGUGAAUGGAGAACGCAUAAUAAAGAAAUUUUAGAUAGAACCCACGAUGAAUUACACCGUGCAAACCUAAUCGAAUUCAACGGAAGACAAUGCUUGGAAAAAACUCGCGCUGACACCGACAAAAACCAAGAAGAUUCCACAACACGACUAAAACUUCGCGAACAAGAAGUGUUUAGAUGGAAAUGCGAACUUGAAAGGUCCAUUGGUGCGGCUAUGGAAGAAAUUGCAUUAAUGGAAAGCGAAAGGCGAAGGCUUAAAUCAGCUUCGGCUGUUUUAAUGCUACCAGAAGCUAUUUCCGGAGAAUGUAUUGAAAGAAGAAGUGGACGAUUAGAUCCUGAACUUGUCAGAGAUGAAGUUGAAGAAGAACUGAUUAAAGAAAUGGCACUAACAGCCGAGAUACGUUUAACAUUUGAAAAAACUCUCAAAGACGUUGAAAAGCAAUUAUUAGAAGAUAAAACAGCUAAACAACGUUUAGAAUACGAUUGGAGCGAUAAAAAGCAAGCUCAUGAAACUGAAGUAAUCAACGUAGCUUUAAACAAUAAAUCUAAUAUGAUGUUAUUUAAACCAGGAGCUGUUCGAUUUCCUGACAAUCAAUCAUCAGCUGAUCAUUGGGAAACAUUUACAAGAGAAACUCUUCAAGAAUCUGAAGCAACAAGACAAAGAUCGGUUGCGUUACGUGGUACAUUAUCGGCGAUUCUUCUCAAUGCAGCUCGCGAUCUUCGUUCUCAAGCUGAUAAAGUUGAAGCGGCUUUAUCAAGGCGAAUAGCUUGCACGGAAGAAAUUCGUAUUCGAUUAGAAAAUGAUUUGAAAAAAGUUCUUCAACGUUUGGCAGACGUUGAAAGUAUCAUCAAAGAUUGUCGCGAUGCUAUAAGAAGAAUGGAUAUACCCAUGAAGAAGGCCCAAACUAGAUUGGCCAAUAGAAAUGAACGACCGCGUGUUGAAAAUUGUCGGGAUGUUCCACAGUUUGGACUGGUCGAGGAAGUUAAGAUGAUUGCUGAAAAUGUUGCCGCCUUAAGAUCGCAGUUAACUCAAGCGCAAGAGUCGCAGUCAAAAUUAAUGAAGGCUAGGAGUGAUUUGGAAAAGGAGAUUAUGUUGAAAAGGAAAACAUUGGAGAUCGAUCGUGAUCGAACUCAACUUGUUCGCACUCAUUUCCCAUCUGCAAAUGCUCUCACAGGAAAUUCAUAAAUUAUUACUUAUUUUAUUAUUUUUUUUAUUCACUUUGUGAUUUCUCCAAU